GCGGCGGCGGCGGCACCGGGGCCGCACCGGACCCGAACCGGGGCCGGGCCCGAACCGGGUCCGGGCCGCUCGGAACCAGGGUCGCUGCGGGCCCCGGGGGUGGCUCCGAUACCUGCAGGUACCGUGACACCACCCGGGCGGCACGGCCGAGGUGCCUGCGGGGGCUCCGCUGCCGGUUCACCGUGCCCGGGGCCUGCACCGGCGGGCCCGGAGCCGAGCCCUCCGUGAGGGGAGGUAACGGCCCGGUAAGGAGGCGGCGAUGGCGGGCUCCGUGCACAGCCUGAGCGGCCUGCAGAAAACCGCCCUGCUCCUGGGCGUCCCGGCCGCCGCCACCGUGCUCUACAUCCUGUACCGGCGCUACCGGGAGAGCCGAGAGGCGCAGGUGACCUUGGUGGCAGAUGAGGGGCUGGAGGUGGCGGUGAGGGUUCCCCGCACGGCGCUGAAAUCGCUGAUCGGCCGCCGAGGAGCCACCAUCAACCAGCUGAGGCAGGAGACGGGAGCCCAGAUCGAUGUGGAGGAGGAGGAGGAGGAGGAAGGGGGCCAGUCCCUGGUGCAGAUCUCGGGCUCCCCGGGCCAGGUGUGCCGGGCCAGGGCGGCCGUGCUGCGAAUCGUGGCCGACAGCGCGCCCGUGGCCGAGCAGCUGCGCGUGCCCCAGCACGCCGUGGGCAGGAUCAUCGGCCGCGGUGGGGAGACGGUGCGGGGGAUCUGCCGGAGCUCGGGGGCUCGCGUGGAGUGUGGCCAGGAGCCCGGGGCCAGCCUGGCCCCGCUGCGCUGCAUCCGCCUGCUGGGCACCCGCAAGGAGGUGGAGGUGGCCAAGAGGCUGAUCCUGGAGAAGCUGUCGGAGGAGCAGGCGUUCCGCUCGGAGCUGGCGCAGGCGGCGGCCGCUCGCUGCCCGCGGAAGCAGCCCCUGGGCAGCCGCCGGGAGCCACCGGGGCCACUCCCGGCUGUUCCCACCGGCCCCGGGGGCUGCCAGGAGCACUGGGACACCGAGAGGGCAGCGGAGACACCGGGCUGGGGCACGGAAACACCGGGCCAGGGCACGGAAACACCGAGCCAGGGCACGGAAACACCGGGCCAGGGCAUGGAGACACCGAACCGGGGCACGGAGACACCGAACCGGGGCAUGGAAACACCGAGCCAGGGCAUGGAGACACCGAACUGGGGCACGGAAACACCGAGCCAGGGCAUGGAGACACCGGGCCAGGGCAUGGAGACACCGAGCCAGGGCAUGGAAACACCGAACCGGGACAUGGAGACACCGAGCCAGGGCACAGAGACACCGAGCCAGGGCCUGGAGACACCGAGCCAGGGCACGGAGACACCGAGCCGGGGCACGGAGACACCAAACCAGGCCCUGAAAACACCGAACCGGGGCAUGGAGACACCGAACCGGGGCACGGAGACACCAAGCCAGGGCCUGGAGCCGGGCACGGAGCCCCAGGAGCCGCCCGUGCCCAAGUUUGAGGUGCCCAGCCCAGAUUUCAGUUUCGCGGCGGAUGAACACCUGCACGUUUACGUGUCGGCUGCCGAGAGCCCCGGGCACUUCUGGAUCCAACUGCUGGGGACGCGCAGCCUGCAGCUGGACAAACUGACAGCCGAGAUGGGGCACUUCUACCAGAGCAGCCCCGCCGUGCCACCCCCGUCCGUGCACCCCGGUGCCAUCGUGGCCGCUCCGUACCUGGAGGAUGGCGAGUGGUACCGGGCGCGUGUCCUGGGGACGCUGGACAACGGCCACCUGGACCUGUACUACGUGGACUUUGGGGACAACGGCGAGGCUCCCCCCGAGGCUCUGCGGGCCCUCAGGAGCGACUUCCUGAGCCUGCCCUUCCAGGCCAUCGAGUGCAGCCUGGCCGGGAUUGUCCCCAACGGUGACACGUGGCAGGAGGCGGCUCUGGACGAGUUUGACCGCCUCACUCACUGUGCGCAGUGGACGCCGCUGGUGGCGCGGAUCUGCAGCUACGGCCAGAGCGGGCUGGGAACACGGCCCAGCGUGCGGCUGUUCACCGAGCACCACGGACAGAGCCUGGAUGUGGGAGCAGAGCUGGUGCGUUUGGGUUACGCCGUUCCCGGUCCCGCCGAGGAGCCCUCGGACGAUCUGGGCUGUGCCUCCCCCCCGAGCCCCGGGGCCGCUCCCGGUGUCACCCUGGUCCCCGGGGCCGCUCCCGGUGCCGCCGUCCCCCCGCAGCCCCCCCGGUGACGCCGCUGCCGGUGCCGUUCCCUGCCCCGGGAGACCGGAGCCGGGACCCCCGGACCCCUCCCCCGGUGCCACCACCGUGCCCGGUGACAUCCCCACAGCCACCUGAAGCUGCCGGUGCCCGGUGCCGCCGGCACGGUGACCGGGAGCUGCUCCCGGUGCCACCCCAUGGAGGUGACCGGGAGCCGUUCCCGGUGCCCCCACCACGUGCAGUCCCCUCUCCGGUGCCCUCCGGGAGGCGGCACCGACGAACCGCGGGGAUCUCCGCUUGUGCCUCUUGUCAGGACGCGACACGCCGGUUCCGAGCGCCGGCGGUGCCCUUUCCGUUACCGGGAGCUCCCGGUUCCCUCGCCUUGUUCGGCUGUUCCGUUGCACUGUUUGUGGUUCUGAGUUAAUAAAGUUGGAGGU